CUAAUAAAUGUAUUCAUGAAGAUGUCCAGAGAGGAGCAGAGCAUGUCGGACGUUGAGCUCAGUCCCGGCAUGUCGGACGACAGUCGCUCCCUGUCACCGGGCCACUCUUCCGGUGCGGCCGGCGGGGGGGACUCGCCUCUCCACGGGCGGCAGCAGCCGCAGCUGGCGGGUCUGGACGACUCGGUGGCGGGCUGCUCGUCCAUCAAAUCCGAGGACGAGGACGACCGCUUCCCCGCGGGAAUCCGUGACGCGGUGAGCCAGGUGCUCAACUGCUACGACUGGACCCUCGUGCCCAUGCCCGUGCGCGUGAACUCCGGAAGCAAGAACAAGCCGCACGUGAAGAGGCCCAUGAACGCCUUCAUGGUGUGGGCGCAGGCGGCGCGGAGGAAACUGGCCGACCAGCACCCGCACCUGCACAACGCAGAGCUCAGCAAGACCCUGGGGAAGCUCUGGAGGCUUCUUAACGAGAGUGACAAGCGGCCCUUCAUCGAGGAGGCAGAGAGGCUGCGGAAGCAGCACAAGAAGGACUACCCUGACUACAAAUACCAGCCACGACGCCGCAAAAGCGGGAAGCCCGGUUCUGGGUCAGGCAGUGAGGCCGAUGGCCAUUCAGAGGGUGAGGUCGGCCACGGCCAGUCCCACUACAAGGGCCUCCAACUGGAUGUGGCCCUCAUUAGGGCAGCCGGGUCCCCUCUGGCAGAUGGGCACCACCCUCAUGCUGCAGGUCACAGUCCUCCCACACCGCCUACCACUCCCAAGACCGAGCCUCAGUCUGGGAAGGUGGGAGAUGGAAAGCGGGAGGGUGCUGGGAACGGGGGCUCGCGGGGUGCAAUGGGAGCGGAGGGAGGCUCCGGUGCUCCUGGAUCUGGUAAGCCUCACAUCGACUUUGGUAAUGUGGACAUUGGUGAGAUGAGCCACGAGGUGAUGGCCAACCUGGAGCCUUUUGAUGUCAACGAGUUUGACCAGUACCUUCCCCCAAAUGGACACCCGGGGGUUGGGCAGAGUGCUGGGGCAGGAGCGGCUGCUACACCUUCCCCAGCCUCUCCUUACACCUACGGCAUCUCCUCAGCUCUGGCAGCGGCCAGUGGACACUCAGCAGCCUGGCUCUCCAAGCAACAGCAGCAGCAGCCGCUGCAGCACCACGGCCCAUCUCUGGGCUCUGACCCCUCCAAAGCCCAGAUCAAGAGUGAGGCUGGGGGCACCGGGGGUCACUUUGCAGAGGCCGCCUCGGUAGGUUCCCAUGUGACCUACACCCCCCUCAGCCUUCCUCACUACAGUUCUGCAUUCCCCUCACUGGCCUCCAGGGCUCAGUUUGCAGAUUAUGCUGACCACCAGGCCUCAGGGUCGUAUUACGCUCACUCCAGCCAGGCCUCGGGGCUGUACUCUGCCUUCUCUUACAUGGGGCCCUCCCAGAGACCCCUGUACACCGCCAUCACUGACCCAGCCAGCAUGCCGCAGUCGCACAGCCCCACGCACUGGGAACAGCCCAUCUACACGACGCUGUCGCGGCCAUGACAGACAACGAGACCAGAGAGCACUGGUGCAGGUUCAGCCCCCAUGUCAGAC